CGUCCUUACCUUAUCAGUCAGAAAAAUAAUGUCUGUUAGAAAAUAUAGUCUGUUUCUCAACCGAUAGCAAAACAAUCUCCAUGAUACGCUUAAAAUGGUGUUGCUACUGCAUUGCACUACGCAAGGCGUGCAUAAUCAUCGCCUGUUUAGACUUUGUUAUUAACUUAACCAUCGCCACCAUUGGCGCAAAAUAUCAAUUCAUCGAUAGGAUUGAGCAGGCGGUGGCUAUUUGUCACUGCAUUGGCUGUGUCUUCCUGAUAGGCGGGGCUCUGCUCAAAUCAUCCGUUCUGCUGAUCUUCUUCCUCAUUACCAGCCUGACCAACUAUGUCAUCUUGAUCGCCUAUGUCAUCUACAUUUGCUUUGAUUGGUUACCCAAGGGGGAGUUUAUGGUGCCUAUCAUUAUAACUUAUACAUUUGUUGGAAUAUACUUUUGGCUCGUCGUCUUCUCCCAUUACAAAAACGUGACCAACGAUACUGUAACGAUUGAUGUAUAAUCUCUUAAUGUUGAUCUUUAAAUCGAAGCUAAGUAAUUAAAAUUCCCAGUGAUUGUCUCAUUA